CUGGCCGCGCCGCCGGUAAGUGCCGCCGCUGCCCGCCGCUGCCACCCGCCGCUGCCACCCGCCGCCUCAGGCGUAGGGAGGAAGCCCAGGGGCACCGCGGGGCAGCGGUCGCUGCUCAACUGGUGGGGAGAUGCGGGGGCGGGUUCUGUCAGCCGGGUGGUCUCCUGAGGCCGCCCCCGCCCGGCCAGCCGCGCGUGUCAGUCUCGGUCGAGGCGGGGGGCGGCGGGGGCGCCUCAGUCAUGGCGAAGAGCGCGAGCCAGCGAGCGACGGAUUCUGACACUUCAUGAUGUCAUUAUCUAGAGCAAUAAUGAAUAUUGGCCUGUUUUGGAUUGGUUGAUGACCUUUGGAAAUGAUCAAAUAACAUCCACUACGGAGAAGCUGAAUAUACUCCAUUUGGAGUGAACAGCCCAGAGUGUUAACACAAUUUUCAAGAUGACAGAUCCAAUGAUGGACUUUUUUGAUGAUGCCAAUCUUUUUGGUGAGACCUUAGAAGGUUUGUCAGAUGAUGCAUUUGUACAACCAGGACCUGUUUCACUAGUUGAUGAAUUGAACUUGGGUGCAGAAUUUGAACCUUUGCACAUAGAUUCACUGAACCAUGUUCAGGGUACUCCAACACAUCAGAAGAUGACUGAUUUUGAACAGUUAAAUCAAUUUGAUUCAAUGAAAUUUCACCAGGUUAAUCAGUCUUUUGGUAGCCCACCUGAACAUGUCUUAUCUCCACACUCUCAAUUUAAUUGUUCUCCGAUCCACCCCCAAAACCAACCAAAUGGUUUGUUUCCAGAUGUAGCAGAUGGCAGUCCAAUGUGGGGCCAUCAGACAGCUACUAGCAUUUCAAAUCAAAAUGGAUCUCCUUUUCAUCAGCAAGGACAUUCACAUUCUAUUCAUCAAAAUAAAAGCUUUGUGGCACAUCAUGACUUUGCCUUAUUUCAGGCCAAUGAACAGCAAACACAGUGCUCUUCACUACGCUCACAACAGAACAGAAAUAAUCUCAACCCAGGGCAAAAUUCUCUUAGCCAGUCUAAAAAUUUUAUGGAUAUUAAUGUUUCUGGUCCUCACAGAGUCAGUGUUAACCAACCACCACAAAUUACUAACGCAUCUACUUCACAACAAUCUCUUUCGAUGCAGCAGUUUUCUCAGACGUCAAAUCCUUCAGCACAUUUCCUUAAGUGUAGCAGUCAUCAAGAAGGAAAUUUUAAUGGACCUUCUCCAAAUAUGACUUCUUGUUCUGUCAGUAAUUCACAGCAGUUUUCUUCACAUUAUUCCUUUUCCAGUAAUCAUAUAUCACCAAACAGUCUCCUUCAGUCUUCUGCAGUUCUUGCACCUAAUCAUACAAAUCAGACUUUAUCUGAUUUUACUGGAAGUAAUUCCUUUUCACCUCAUAGAGGAAUCAAGCAAGAACACACUCAGCAUAUCCUAAACCCCAAUGCAUCAUUGAAUUCAAAUAAUUUCCAAAUGUUGCAUUCGUCACAUCCUCAGGGUAAUUAUAGCAAUUCAAAAUUAUCUCCUGUGCAAAUGAACUUCCCAGAUACUGUUGAGUCAGGAACUCAAAUGGGCCAUUUUAAUGAUCAUGUAGAAACUAAUGGCUUUUCACCUUUAGAAGAGAAUUUACUUCAUCAAGUGGAAUCUCAAAGUGAGCCAUUCACAGGACUUGACCCAGAAGACCUCCUUCAGGAGGGCCUCCUUCCCCAAUUUGAUGAGUCAACAUUUGGACAAGAUAAUUCAACUCAUGUUUUAGAUCAUGACCUUGAUCGGCAUUUUACUUCACAUCUCCUAACAAGGCCUUCUGAUAUGGCUCAGACUCAGUUGCAAAGUCAGGCUCGGAGUUGGCAUUCCUCGUUUUCUAAUCAUCAGCAUUUACAUGACAGAAAUCGCCUAUGUUUACAGCGACAGCCUCCAUCUUCCAAGAAGAGUGAUGGUUCUGGGACAUAUACUAAGUUGCAGAAUACCCAGGUGAGGGUCAUGUCUGAGAAGAAGCAGAGAAAAAAGGUGGAAUCAGAAAGCAAGCAAGAAAAGGCUAAUCGUAUAAUAUCAGAGGCGAUAGCAAAAGCAAAGGAGCGUGGGGAACGCAAUAUUCCACGAGUAAUGAGCCCUGAAAACUUUCCUAGUGCUUCAGUUGAAGGAAAAGAGGAAAAGAAAGGUAGAAGGAUGAAAUCCAAGCCAAAGGACAAAGACAACAAAAAAACAAAACCUUGUUCUAAGUUAAAAGAGAAGACAAAAAUUGGCAAACUCAUUAUUACAUUGGGUAAGAAACAAAAAAGAAAGAAUGAGUCUUCAGAUGAAAUAUCUGAUGCAGAGCAGAUGCCACAGCAUACAUUCAAAGAACAAGACUCUCAAAAAAGAAGAUCAAAUAGACAAAUUAAAAGAAAAAAAUAUGCAGAAGAUACAGAAGGGAAACAGUCUGAAGAAGAGGUUAAAGGCUCUAUAAAAAUAAAAAAGAAUUCAACUCCUUUACCUGGUGAACAGCCUUUACAGUUAUUUGUGGAGAAUCCCAGUGAAGAAGACGCUGCAAUUGUAGACAAAAUACUGUCUUCUAGAAUUAUAAAAACAGAAAUAUCACCUGGAGUCAUGAUUGAUACAGAAGAAUUUUUUGUAAAAUACAAGAAUUACUCUUAUCUUCACUGUGAGUGGGCCACAGAACAGCAGCUUUUGAAAGACAAAAGGAUCCAGCAGAAAAUCAAACGAUUCAAAUUAAGACAAGCACAAAGAGCACAUUUUUUUGCAGAUAUGGAAGAAGAACCAUUUAACCCAGACUAUGUUGAAGUAGACAGAGUAUUAGAAGUCUCCUUUUGUGAAGAUAAGGAUACCGGUGAGCCUGUUAUUUACUACUUAGUAAAGUGGUGCUCAUUGCCAUAUGAAGAUAGUACUUGGGAACUAAAAGAAGAUGUAGAUCUUGCAAAAAUAGAAGAGUUUGAACAACUGCAAGCUUCAAGGCCUGACACAAGACAUUUGGACCGUCCUCCUUCUAAUAUUUGGAAAAAAAUAGAUCAAUCCAGGGACUAUAAAAAUGGCAAUCAACUCAGGGAAUAUCAACUGGAAGGACUCAACUGGCUCUUGUUUAAUUGGUAUAAUAGACGAAACUGCAUUUUAGCAGAUGAAAUGGGUCUUGGCAAAACCAUUCAAUCCAUUACAUUCCUCUAUGAAAUCCUUCUGACUGGUAUAAAAGGACCUUUCCUGAUUAUUGCUCCACUUUCUACUAUUGCAAACUGGGAGAGAGAAUUUCGUACAUGGACUGAUAUUAAUGUUGUGGUUUAUCAUGGGAGCCUGAUUAGCAGACAAAUGAUACAGCAAUAUGAAAUGUACUUCAGGGACUCACAGGGGCGUAUCAUUCGAGGAGCUUACAGAUUCCAAGCCAUCAUCACCACUUUUGAAAUGAUUCUUGGAGGCUGUGGAGAGCUUAAUGCAAUUGAAUGGCGAUGUGUAAUUAUUGAUGAAGCACAUAGGUUAAAAAAUAAAAAUUGUAAACUUCUAGAGGGUCUAAAACUCAUGAAUCUGGAACAUAAGGUGCUUUUGACUGGCACACCUCUCCAAAAUACAGUUGAAGAACUUUUCAGUCUUCUUCACUUUCUUGAGCCCUUAAGGUUUCCUUCUGAAUCAACAUUUAUGCAAGAAUUUGGGGAUCUGAAAACAGAGGAACAGGUGCAGAAACUUCAGGCUAUCCUAAAACCAAUGAUGUUGAGACGAUUAAAAGAAGAUGUGGAAAAGAAGUUGGCACCUAAGGAAGAAACCAUCAUUGAAGUAGAACUUACUAAUAUUCAAAAGAAAUACUACCGUGCUAUUUUGGAGAAGAACUUUUCAUUUUUAGCCAAAGGAGCAGGACAAACUAAUGUUCCUAACUUGGUCAAUACCAUGAUGGAGCUCAGGAAGUGCUGUAAUCAUCCAUAUCUUAUCAAAGGUGCUGAGGAGAAAAUACUUGGAGAAUUUAGAGAUACAUAUAAUCCAGCUGCUUCUGAUUUUCACUUGCAAGCAAUGAUCCAGUCUGCUGGUAAAUUGGUCCUUAUUGAUAAAUUGCUUCCCAAAAUGAAAGCAGGAGGUCAUAAAGUGCUCAUCUUCUCUCAGAUGGUACGCUGCCUUGACAUCCUGGAGGACUAUCUCAUACAUAAAAGAUAUUUAUAUGAGCGAAUUGAUGGAAGAGUUAGAGGAAAUCUUCGACAAGCUGCUAUAGAUCGAUUUAGUAAACCUGAUUCAGAUCGAUUUGUUUUUCUCUUGUGUACCCGAGCUGGUGGGUUGGGCAUCAACUUGACUGCAGCUGAUACAUGUAUAAUUUUUGAUUCUGAUUGGAAUCCUCAAAAUGACCUUCAGGCCCAAGCUCGUUGCCACAGAAUUGGUCAGAACAAAGCAGUUAAAGUCUAUAGACUAGUAACUCGUAACUCAUAUGAGAGAGAGAUGUUCGACCGAGCCAGUCUGAAACUGGGCCUAGAUAAGGCUGUGCUACAGAGCAUGAGUGGAAGAGAGAGUAAUGUUGGUGGUAUUCAACAGCUUUCCAAAAAGGAAAUAGAAGACCUGCUUCGAAGAGGUGCUUAUGGUGCCAUUAUGGAGGAAGAAGAUGAAGGCUCUAAAUUCUGUGAAGAGGAUAUCGAUCAAAUUUUACUGCGUCGUACAAAAACUAUUACAAUUGAAUCAGAAGGACGUGGGUCAACAUUUGCCAAGGCGAGUUUUGUGGCAUCUGGAAACCGGACAGAUAUUUCCUUAGAUGAUCCCAACUUCUGGCAAAAAUGGGCUAAAAAGGCAGAGAUAGAUAUAGACACCAUCAGUGGCAGAAAUAGUUUGGUUAUUGACACUCCAAGAGUUAGGAAGCAAACAAGACCCUUUAGUGCCACGAAAGAUGAAUUGGCUGAAUUAUCUGAAGCUGAAAGUGAAGGAGAUGAAAAGCCCAAACUCCGGAGACCCUGUGACCGUUCCAAUGGCUAUGGAAGAACUGAAUGCUUUAGAGUAGAGAAAAACCUACUUGUUUAUGGGUGGGGCCGAUGGAGAGAGAUUCUGUCUCAUGGCCGUUUUAAAAGGCAGUUAAAUGAGCAUGAUGUAGAAAUAAUUUGCCGAGCGCUUUUAGCGUAUUGCCUUGUUCACUACCGAGGAGAUGAGAAGAUUAAAGGUUUCAUAUGGGAUCUCAUUACUCCAACUGAAGAUGGGCAGACACGAGAGCUACAAAAUCAUCUAGGCCUAUCCGCUCCUGUACCCCGGGGUCGAAAAGGGAAGAAAGUAAAGACUCAAACAAGCUCCUUUGAUAUACAGAAAGCAGAAUGGCUUCGAAAAUAUAAUCCUGAGCAGCUACUUCAAGAUGAAGGCUACAAAAAACAUAUAAAACACCACUGUAAUAAAGUUUUGCUUCGUGUGAGAAUGCUGUAUUAUCUAAAGCAAGAAGUCAUUGGAAAUGAGUGUCAGAAAGUAUUUGAUGGAGUUGAUGCAAGUGACAUUGAUGUUUGGGUACCAGAACCAGACCACUCAGAAGUUCCUGCUGAGUGGUGGGACUUUGAUGCUGAUAAGUCACUCCUUAUUGGAGUUUUUAAACAUGGUUAUGAAAAAUAUAACACUAUCCGAGCAGACCCAGCAUUAUGCUUCUUGGAAAGAGUAGGAAAACCUGAUGACAAAGCAGUUGCUGCUGAACAGAGAGCAAAUGAUUAUAUGGAUGGGGAUGUGGAAGAUCCAGAAUACAAACCUGCCCCAGCCAUCUUUAAAGAUGAUAUAGAGGAUGAUGUUUCUUCACCAGGAGAUCUUGUUAUAGCAGAUGGAGAUGGUCAACUAAUGGAAGGUGAUAAAAUUUAUUGGCCUACUCAAUCAGCUUUAACUACACGUUUGAGGCGUCUCAUCACUGCAUAUCAGCGUACUAAUAAAAACAGACAAAUCCAGCAGAUACAACCAACUUUCUUAGUACCUACCAGUGUAAUGCAGCCUCUUUAUGAAGAAGCCACUCUUAAUCCUAAAAUGGCAGCCAAGAUAGAAAGACAGCAGAGGUCUUUCCCAUAUGUUUUUUUCUCAUUUAUACAACAAUCCUAUGAGUUAAGCAAGGAAAAGUUUCUACAAAUAGAGACUGAAGUUUGGAGAUCUGUGGUGUAUGAUGAUAAUAUUAGCCUCUUAAAGUAUCAGAAGCUUUCAACAGAAGGAAGAUUAUUUUUAGCCAGAUGGACAAGAAGAGAAGAAGCUGACUUUUAUAGAGUCGUAUCUACAUUUGGAGUAGUUUUUGAUCCUGACAGAGGACAAUUUGAUUGGACAAAAUUUAGGGCUAUGGCUAGGCUACAUAAGAAAACUGAUGACAGUUUGGAGAAAUAUUUGUAUGCAUUCAUGUCCAUGUGUCGGAGGGUUUGUCGUCUUCCUUCCAAAGAAGAAUUGGUAGAUCCAAAUAUUUUUAUCCAACCAAUCACAGAAGAACGAGCUUCUAGGACUUUGUAUCGCAUUGAACUUCUAAGGAAAGUACGGGAACAGGCCCUUCGACAUCCACAGUUGUUUGAACGCUUGAAGCUUUGUCAUCCGAAUCCAGAUUUACCAGUCUGGUGGGAAUGUGGUCCUCAUGAUAGGGAUUUGCUUAUUGGUGCUGCCAAACAUGGGGUGAGCCGAACAGACUAUCACAUUCUUCGUGAUCCUGAACUCUCAUUUAUGGCAGCUCAAAGGAACUACAGUCAAAGUAAGAUGGCUCAUUCAAGGACUUCUACUCCACUUUUACAGCAAUAUCAAGUAGCACUUUCUGCUUCUCCUCUUACCUCUCUGCCUAGGCUUCUAGAUACUAAAGGUAUUAUUCUAGAGGAUAUGAAAGUUAAAAGUGAAAACCUUAAAGAGGAGCCUCAGUCUUCUGAAGAAGAAUCUAUGUCUUCUGUGGAAACCAGGACACUAAUAAAAUCUGAGCCUGUAAGUCCAAAGAAUGGUGUUUUACCACAGGCUACUGGAGACCAGAAAUCUAGUGGAAAAAGUGAAACAGACAGACGCAUGGUUGCAGCCAGAACAGAACCCCUAACUCCAAACCCAGCUUCUAAAAAACAGAGAGUCCACAAAAGAGGAUCAGAAUCUAGUUCUGAUUCUGACUCUGAUUCUGAGAGAUCAUCCUGUUCUUCCAGAUCAUCAUCUUCUUCAUCUUCCUCCUCUUCUUGUUCCCAUUCUCGAUCAGGCUCUAGUUCUUCAUCCUCAUCUUGUUCUUCAGCAUCGUCUUCAUCCUCCUCUUCUUCCUCUUCCUCCUCCUCAUCAUCUUCAUCUUCAUCAGAAGAAAGUGACAGUGAAGAAGAGGAAGUCCAAAAACGAGCAGAAGGUACCCCUCACAUGAAAGCCUAUGAUGAAGAAAGCAUUGCAUCACUGAGCACUACCCAGGAUGAGACCCAGGAUAGUUUCCAAAUGAAUAAUGGGACACCAGAGUCUGCUUACAUCUUACAAGGUGGAUACAUGCUGGCAGCCUCAUAUUGGCCAAAGGAUCGUGUGAUGAUCAACCGGUUGGAUAGUAUUUGUCAAACAGUUCUGAAAGGGAAGUGGCCUUCAGCUAGAAGAAGUUAUGAUGCUAACACAGUGGCUUCUUUCUAUACCACAAAACUGCUGGACAGCCCUGGAGCAGCUACAGAAUAUAUUGAGCCCAGUGUACCCACUCCCCCAGGUGCCGGUGUUAAAGAAGAACAUGAUCAAUUAACACAGAUGUCAAAGGUGAAGAAGCAUGUACGAGAAAAGGAGUUUACAGUGAAAAUCAAAGACGAAGGUGGUUUGAAGCUGACAUUUCAGAAGCAAGGGCUUGCUCAGAAAAGGCCAUUUGAUAGUGAAGAUGGUGCUCUGGGGCAACAGCAGUACCUCACACGGCUUCGGGAGCUUCAAAGUGCAUCAGAGACGAGCCUUAUUAAUUUUCCAAAAUCUAUGCCAGUAUCAGGUACUUCCAUUCAAUCAAACCUUGGUGCCAAUGGAGUGAUAUUAGACGACCAACCUGUCAUCAAAAAAAGGCGGGGAAGGAGGAAGAAUGUAGAAGGUGUUGACAUCCUCUUUUUUAACAGAAGUAAACCACCUAAUCAUGCUACUUUAGGCUUAACCAACUCACAGAUUUCCACAGGGAUAAAUCCAGCACUAUCCUACACUCAACCUCAAGGAAUUCCUGAUACAGAAAGUCCAGUUCCAGUUAUUAAUCUGAAAGAUGGGACAAGACUUGCAGGAGAUGAUGCACCCAAGAGAAAGGAUUUGGAAAAAUGGCUUAAGGAACACCCAGGUUAUGUGGAAGAUUUAGGAGCAUUUAUUCCUAGAGUGCAGCUUCAUGAGGGAAGGCCCAAACAAAAAAGGCAUCGUUGCAGAAAUCCUAAUAAACUAGAUGUUAAUAGUCUUACUGGAGAAGAACGUGUUCAGCUGAUUAACAGAAGAAAUGCCAGAAAGGUUGGAGGUGCAUUUGCUCCCCCUUUGAAAGAUUUAUGUAGAUUCCUAAAAGAAAACUCAGAAUAUGGAGUAGCUCCUGAAUGGGGAGAUGUUGUUAAGCAAUCUGGAUUUCUUCCAGAAAGUAUGUAUGAACGUAUUCUCACUGGUCCUGUCGUGAGAGAGGAAGUAAGCAGGCGGGGGAGACGGCCUAAAAGUGGAAUUGCAAAGGCCACAGCAGCAGCAGCAGCAGCUGCCACUGCCACUGCUACCAGUGUUUCACGCAAUCCUUUGUUAGCCAAUGGAUUACUUCCAGGUGUGGAUCUCACAACUCUUCAGGCCUUACAACAAAACCUACAAAACUUGCAGUCACUGCAAGUAACUGCAGGGCUAAUGGGAAUGCCUGCUGGCCUUUCUUCUGGAGGAGAAGCUAAAAACAUGGCUGCUAUGUUCCCCAUGCUGUUGUCAGGAAUGGCGGGAUUACCAAGUCUGCUGGGCAUGGGAGGGCUUGUAACAAAGCCUACAGAAUCUGGGACAGAAGAGAAAAAGGGAGAUGAUUCUAAAGAGCUAGAAGGAAAAAAAGAAAGGACAGAGAGCCAAAGUUCAGAGAAUGGUGGAGAAAACUCUGUGUCAAGUUCUCCUUCAACGUCUUCGACUGCUGCAUUGAAUACAGCUGCAGCUGCCAACCCAUUAGCUCUUAACCCAUUAUUACUAUCUAAUAUACUUUAUCCAGGGAUGCUUCUCACUCCAAGCCUUAAUCUUCAUAUUCCAACUUUGUCCCAGUCCAAUACUUUUGAUGUACAGAAAAACAAAAACAGUGACUUAGGUUCGUCUAAGUCUAUAGAAGUAAAGGAAAAAGAUUCCAGAGUUAGAGAUCAGGAAGACAAAGGAGAAACUGAACCAAGUCCUCUCAAUGAAAACAGCACAGAUGAGGGUUCAGAGAAAGCUGAUGCUUCAUCUGGAUCUGAUAGUACAUCAUCAUCAUCUGAGGAUUCAGAUUCUAGUAAUGAAGACUGAUUCCCAGACUCUGCACUUAAAUUAUGAACUGAUUUUGGAUUUUUUUCCUUUAAUUAUUAAUUGUAAAUACCCAGUGUUGAGUGCAUCAAUAACUUACUGACCGAACAUUUCAGUUAUUUGUUUAGAAGUGCAAACUGCUUUCAGAGACGUUUUGCAUGUAAUAUUUCUUAAGAUUCAUAAGUUUCUGAACUCAUAUGUACUAUCAAAUACAUAAAGGUGUAAAAUUACAACAAAAGGCAUUAUAAUUUUGUUGGGGGUUAAUUUUAUGAAAAUUAUGCUCAAUGAGAGUUGUAUAUUUAAUAUAUUUGCAGUGAACACAGAAUACUUUAUGCAUAUUACUGAUUUAAUUUGAAUAUAGUUUUACAGCCUCCUUGACACCUAUAAUUUACAGAUCAAAACUCAGCAAUAAUUUGGGCAGCUAAUGAAUGUCAUGAAAGCUGUAGAAUCUACAUCACCAUCCAUUGCUUUAAUUACAUGAAAAUGCUCUAGUGUUGUGAUGCACUGCUGAUGUUUCCAGUUCAGGUACAAGUACGUUUUAAAGAAGAAAUAAGUUUCCCAAUCAGCCAAUUUAACUGGCUACCUGUUACCUCAGCUGAGUUAGUUUAGGAAGUUUACAUUCGUUUCUAAUUCUAUACUUGUUUUCAGGGGUUUUUUAAACACAUCCUAUAAUAUCAUGUUAAUCUGGCAAGAAAUAUGACUUGCUUUUUGCUGAGCUUAAUUUGGAUGUCAGUAAAAUUAAGUCAUAAAAAAAUCCUGUGUCGUGUGACUUUGGCACCCUAUAGACAUACUUAAUUUUUAACUUUUCAAAGUUUGGCCUCCUAUUAGAAAUAAUUAUGUCUCAGAUGAGUAAUGUCUGUUUCCAGGGUUCAGAAAAGGCAAACUCAUGAAAUGCCACUGAAAAGAACUUUCAACACAGCAUACUUCAUGUAAAAGAAAUUGUUUGUUUGCUUUAUUUGUGUAGAUUUCUAUUUGUGUUUUAUGUCAUGGAAAUAUUCCAAAAUUAACAGAUAAUAGUGGUAAAGUAAUAUGAAGAUAACCUAAAUUCAUUUUCAGUUUCUAGGUGUAAGCAGACUAAGUGUUGCCCAGAAUCAGUGUUGAGUUAUCGGUUUAUAUUAAAUAUACUUAGUUGCCCAUUGUGAAAAUGCACUUUGAAUAAUCUCAAAAAGUUAUACCUGUAAACCACAAAAAUGAAGCCCAAGGCUUCUGUUCAAUUUCUUAGAACCCUUUACCAUGUAAAAUUUGUCUGAUAUUGAUUUGUGAUACAAUUUCUCCUGCUAAAGCUGCUAUUAUUCUGACAAGGUCCAGGUUCACCUAAACAUACAUAUGAAACAAUUAGAACUGAAUUGGACGUAAAAAUAUUUACAUUCUAAGGAGAUAUGUUAGCAUUUCUAUGGUACUCUAAUUAAUCAGUGAUAAAGUUUGGAAAAGCAUAAAUUUAGGGGGGGAAGUACUCCAGUUCUCUCCUACAGCAAAAAUAAUUUUCAGUAUGUUUUGAUAAAACUGUUGCUUUGUCAUGAAUUAAGUGAUUAUAUUAGGUUUUCCAAGACCUUUACCAGUAAAUUACGUUUCUGUAUGUAAAAUAACUAACCCCUAAUUAGAAAGACAGUGUUAUAUGUAUCUGCAAAAUUAUACAAGUUCCAUUGGGAUUGUAUUGAGUUUUGUAUUUUCCCAAAAUAGUUCUUUGAAUUGAUAGUCCUUUAUGCAAUGUCUUAGCAAUAGUCACUAUAAUGCCCAUCCAGAAGUGGGUAGUAAUUCCUCAUCAUGAAAAUGAUAUAUUACAUAUUUAGUAUCUUCCCUUUGCAGUAUUGCACUUUUGUUUAACUAGAAUACACCUAUGAGAUAGCCAAAGUUUUUCAAACACAGUUAACUUAGUUUCCUGGUGGAGUAUUUCAACAUGAUCCAUAUUUCCCUUCCUCUCUCUAGUUCUACCCACACGAUCUUUACUCCUUUCUUUCCCCAAUAAAAAAAAAAAAAGAAAGAAAAAAAAACUCUAGAUCUUGUCACUAAAAUCUAAUUUAUAUCAAAUUUAUGAGAUAAAGUAUUUUCCUAAUUAUGGUCAAAUGAAUUUGGUUAACAUCCUAGUGAUUCUCUUUCUAUGUAAUAAGGCAAUUACAGUUUUCAAAGCAUUAAGGCUAAUAUUAACUUUAAACAUUCUCUUGGGUUUCAAGACACUUCUAUUUUGUACUGAUAGUGGAAAAGUUGUCCAAUUAUUACCUAAGAAAGAAAACAUGCACAUAUGGUUGUGUAAAGUUAAGGGUUAUAAGGAAAAAAAUCAGUAGAAUUACAUAAUACUAAAGUUGCAGUUGAAAGGAUAUCCAAGUAUGUGUUGGUAGUUACUAAAAAAUUAUAGCUGUUAUUGCCUUGUAUCUAUAGCCCUUGUUUCAGGUUUCAUGAUUCAAGUCUUAGUCCAAUUUUUCUUUUGGACAUUUGCAAUAUUUACCAGUUGUGUUUUGUGUAGUCUGAAUUUGCUUUCUGUAGUUGAGCAAACGUC